UCUCGACCUCGACCAAACCACCACAUCCCACCGCAACACCAUGUUUCCCCACCAGGGUGGUCAGGGCCAGCUGCCCACGCACUGGCAGCCGCCGACGUCGCAGCAGCCCGCCAACGGCGCCUAUCCGCCGCCCUCGCACGUAAGUCUGCACUCGUCGUGCUCGUUGUUGUUGUUGUGUCGUGGGAGCUGACAGUUGACGUCGACAGAUGGGCGCCAGACUCCCGCCGCCCCCGCCCCAGGAGCCUCGCGCAGACAUGGUCGCCCACCAACAUCCCCACCCGCACCCGCACCCUCACCCCCAGUACCAGCAACCGCCGCCGCAGCAGCAGUACCGCCUGCCAGGCCCCAACGAAUGGACCCAGGCGCCGCCGCCGCACGCCGACCCGUACCGCCAGGCCCAACCGCCGCCCCAGUACGUCCAGCAGCACCACCAGCCGCCCGCCCCGCGCCAGCGCACUGCCAUUGCCUGCCGCUACUGCCGGAGACGCAAGAUCCGCUGCUCAGGCUUCGAGGCGACCGAGGACGGCCGCUGCUCAAACUGCAUGCGCUUCAACCAGGACUGCAUCUUCACCCCGGUCUCGGCCCAGACGCAGGCUUUUGUCCCCGCCCACACCGUCUGGCGCGGCGUCGGACAGCCGCCGCCCAUGUACGGCGCCUACGGCCAGCCGCUCCCUCCGGCGAACCAAGCUGAGCCCUACGGCCGGCCGCAGCAGUAUCUGCCCAGCCCCACUGCAGGUCCGUACCCAGCUUAUCCUGUCCAUGCCUCGCCUGGUGCUUCUCCUGUUGAGACGACCCGUGACGACCUGAAUGGCAGGAAGAGGCCGCACGCCGAGCCUCACACACCCACCCUGCCUCCGCCAACUCCUGGCGCAGCGUCACAGGCGCCUCAUCGAGGCACCAGACAAGAGUAUGCCUUUCCCGAGCCAUCGUCUCUAACCUCCGUUGCUCCUACAGCCGGCCCUCCAGCCCCGUAUCCUGCCGCGCCGCAAACCGCCGCCCAGCCCUACUACGCCGCACAACCGCCCCGCCAAGCCUCGCCACAGAGCGCAUAUCGUUAUGACGCGAGCCGCGCCUCGUCCUCGCCGCACUCGCAAGCGCCAACCACGCCCGGUGCCGCCCCUUCUCCCUACUACACGGCGCCUGCGCAACCAAAUGGUGCCCUGCAGCCGCUGCCCCCUCGAAGUGAGGGCAGGACUCCCCCACCUCCCACGUCUCAGGCCGCUCCAACCAGGCCAGGCAUGCGCAUCAACGACCUCGUCACCGACAACGGUCCCGGACGCAGUUCGACGGAUUCGUCCAUGCUCAACAUGCUCAAUCGCCGACCCAUGUAAAUCUCUGCUCCGAUUCAGACGAGGUGCUCACGAGCUGGUCCUCAUUAGGAGCACAAGUACGUCGAUGUAGCAGCACGCAACGUCUUGACGCUGCAUCAUCAGCCGUCACUUCGUUUCUCUGUAUAAUCUUUCCUUCGUCAUCAUUGCAUCGCCAUGUUCCCCCAAGGAAUCUGGC